CAGUAGCGUCCUCGUCUCCGCGCCGUGCACAUCAUGACUUCCUCCGUGGGCCCGUGGACGUGGGUGUGUGUGAUGGUGACCUGGGGGGUGGUGUCCAGGGGGGCGACCCCCGACAAGGAAGCGGCAGUCCGAGAUGUCUUCCGGGAGAUGCUUCACAUCUCACCUCCAAGACAACCUGGAACCUCAAACGGACGACUUCCUUCUGCACCCCGUCACAUGGUCGAGUUGUACCAUCGCUUCGUCAACGGCCAGGAGGACUACGCCCCGCUGGAGGGGGGCACGACCACUGUGAGAAAUUUUCUUCCUUCUUCAGGAGGGAAGGACACCGUGGUGUUCAACAUAAGUAGUGUGAACACCGAAGAGGAGGUGAGACUAGCUCAGCUGCAACUUAACAGAAGAAAACUGCACCAACGUCACAGACACAGGAGAUUGUUGGCUCCACCUUACAGGAUCAGGCUAUUCCGAGCAUCUCCUGGAGGCAAGCUGACUCCUCUAGGCUCUGUGUCGGUCUCCAUGGUCCAGAGGAGCGUUUGGACAUCCGUGGAUAUCACUGCUCCACUCAGAGAGCUCCUGCUAGACCCGAGGGGCGAAGUUUAUGGUUACUCCUUAGCCGUGCGUUUCGAGUCUCCCUCGGGUAAAGUCAUUCCUCCUUCUCAUUUCCUUCGUGGAUUCCCCGACUCUCACGCUUUCCUCGUGGUCUUCUCAGAGGACGGCGAAGAGGAGGUCACCGAGGACGGGGGAAGACCUCCACCUAAACCUCCGGUACACACUCACGCCUUGGUGCAACGUCUGCAGACGGGAGGUCUGGAACGAGUGUUCAUAGACGACUCUGACAAUAACCCCGAUAUAAUUCCUAACUUUAAAAGAAGGAUGUUUACCAGGAAUGUUACUUUAUCGAACAGUUUGACAACUCCUCCAACUGUAAAUGAAACUCACUCUACUUUGGAUCAGCGGGAAGAUAUGUCGGAGAACGAAAUCAUCAGGAAGACUAGAUCCAUCAUUGAUAACAAACUUCCAGACGAGAAUGAAGAUUUGAUUCCGGUUUCCUCUCCGGAAUCAUUUUUGACCUCCAGAAUAGAUAUUUUCAAUGGUGAGAGUCGCAAUAAGAAACCGAAGAAAGUGCGGAAAGGCAAGCGUAAAGGAGGGAAGAAGCAGAAGAACUCGUAUUCAUCAGACAGAUCGCAGAAUAUGUAUAUGGGGACAGACGAGCCACUAGGGUGUCAGGUCCGUAAAAUGACGGUGAACUUCUCAGAGAUUGGCUGGGGCGAGUGGAUCAUCUCUCCGCGCAAGUUUGAGGCCAAUUAUUGCACGGGGUCCUGUCGCUUCCCGCUGACUGAGGAGAAUGACGCCACAUCAAAGGAAGCUCUGAAGCCGUCCAACCACGCUACUCUCCAGAGUCUAGUGCACGCCCUGGGUGCCGACCCCCGGGUACCCGCCCCUGCAUGUGUACCCCAUCGUCUGUCCCCCGUCACCCUGCUGUACUUCGACCACACACUCAACGUCGUCCUCAAGAACUACCCUAGCAUGGUGGUCGAGUCCUGUGCCUGCCGUUGAACACG